AUGCAUCGUCUCCGAACUUCAGCUACCCUCUGGCAAUUGCCACGAGCCUUAUCAUACUCUGUCCCGCGCCGUAACUUGAUAGCUGCGUCUAGUAGGUUCAACGGCCAUGUAGAGCCAGACUCUCACAAUAUAUUGGGAUCUGUUGCCUUGGAAAUCGACCAUUCAUUACCUAUACCACAAGAACCCAGCAGUUCUAAGGGCGAUGUGCCAAACUCCACCCCUGACGUUGUUAGAAAAACAACCCGUGCGGAUGGCGUCCUAAAAGUGGGCAAAAAAGAUUCGAUCUGGGCUGGAAAAGAGGAAUUGUACUUGCGUGUGGACAAAAUCACAACGCUAAAACUACCAUAUACUUACCUGCGCGAUUCGUGCCAGUGUGUAGUGUGCAAGGAUGAACACUCGAAGCAGCGCUCCUUUCGCACAAGUGACAUUCCCAAGGACAUUACUCCAAGCUGGGUGAAAUGGGAUGGGAGCAAGCUUUCAAUCAAGUGGGCCAACGACAUUGGGGAGUCCCAAACUGCGCAUGAAUCAACCUGGGAUCGUGACUUUCUAAAAAGCCCCAUUUUCAACACUCAUCGUCAGCAUUUGAGCGCGAACUCCACACCGAUCAUUUGGGGACAGGCCCAAAUGGACAGAAGUCAACAUUGGGUGUCUUACCCGGACUACAUCGACGAUAAUUCCAAAUUUGCCUUCGCGAUGCAAAAGUUGCAGCGUCUGGGUCUUAUUUUUGUGAAGGAUGUUCCAGGCUCACGAUCCAUGGUUGAAGCUAUUGCAACACGCAUGGGUCCACUACGGAACACCUUCUAUGGAUCAACAUUCGACGUGCGUACUGUUCCACAGGCGACGAAUGUUGCAUAUACAAAUCAGUUCCUUGGAUUUCACAUGGAUUUGAUGUAUAUGAAUGAGCCACCGGGAUACCAGCUCCUCCACUGUCUGGAGAACUCAUGUUCGGGAGGCGAGUCGCUGUUCGCGGAUAGCUUUUCUGCUGCGCAACUCAUGAAGGAGCAAUAUCCAGAAGAUUACAAAGUCCUUUGCGAGCAGCGGCUGGGAUACGAGUAUAGGCACGAGGAGAACAUCUACUACAACGAACGGCCUGUCUUUCAGCAUGAUGCCGACACAGACAAGCUGCUCCAUGUCAAUUAUUCGCCCCCCUUUCAGUCUCCCCUACGAUCAAGGGGUGGGAAAGGCCAUGAUGCUGAGCGUGUGAACAAGCUACGAGACGCGCUUGCGAGGUUCACUUCGAUUAUUGACAAUGAGAAGCGUAUCUUUGAGCUCAAGCUCAACCCUGGUGAUUGUGUCAUCUUCGAUAACAGACGAAUCCUUCAUGCUCGCCGGCAAUUCAACGCCAGUGAAGGAUCUCGCUGGUUAGCAGGUGCCUAUGUCGAUACCGAUGCUCUGCUAUCCCGAUUUGCUGUCUGUAAGAAGCAGCACCCAUAUGUUUGGACGAAAAAGGGCCAAAAGGACUUGGCAGCUAGCAACGCCGAGAACAACUAG